AACAUAUUUAAACAUGGAAUAGUGCUCCGAAGUUUCAAUCCGUAACUUAGCAAAAAUUAAUUUUUUGCGUUUCAAGUCGCUCGUUUUUCGUUUUCCGAUCAUAAAUUGUUCGUUAACAGAGUUCGACAUUGCAACGUCCAUUCACGCGACGUUAGUUCGUGUCUCGAGGCCAUUUUUUCUUUCUUUUAAUACGAAAUCGUGUUGUUUACGUUUUCGAAAUUUUUUCAUUUCAACGGUUGUUUAAUACUCGUUUAUACAUUUUUAUUUCGUUUUACGUUUUAUUCUUUUUGAUUUCCUUCUCGCUAAAAUUUCCAAAACUGUUAAUACAUCAAGACGAAUAAAAAAUAUAUCGAGUAACAUACCCACGCGAACGUAAUGGCCGACGAAACUCGAAUACCACCGUGUUCAGUUCGGUCGGUCGUUGCAUACUAUGGUGCAAUCUUUCGAAUUUAUCGGGAUUUCGUGAAAUUUGAUGAUGAAAAAUUCUCUUACGAAUUUUCAUCGUUAUGAAUCAUCUCAUUUCGUUACUUUUCGCACUGUAUACAUAUUUUUAUUUGUUUUUGUAUCGACGAGUCGGUGGUUGCCAUUUUGGAAGUAUAAUAUGGCGCGUUUUUCGAAUCCAUCAGAAUUUUUCAGCGUGUUGACGUUUGUUUUAUUUCUUUCUAAAUUACAGUUGCGAUGACGUAUUUAGUCUCCAUGCUGAUUUAAUUUUUUUUUUGUUAUAUAAUGAAUCAAUGUUAUUGUAAAAUUGAAGCUUUCAGGGGAGGAAUGUUUCGCGUUCCAAAUAUAGCGAUGCCAGUAGUUGCCCAAAUGGCUGCUUCAACCAAAUUUCCAAAACCUACGUGCUCUUAUUCGAGCUAUGAAUGUGCACAGCCUUGUUUAGAAAAUUAUUUGUAUUGCGCCAAGCAUAUCCUCGAAGAUCCAGCUGCUCCUUACAAACCGUGCAGCUUCAUAUAUAAUACUAAUGGACGAAAAUGUUAUAAUCCGGCACCUAAACUCGAUCGAAGAGAUUUAUCAUAUUGUCCAGAACACACGAGAAAAGCUCAAAUCGCAAGAAUAAAAUCAACAUCCAAACAUUCUCUUCCAGAAUCUCCGGAGACACUUUUACUUAAUCUCAGCCAUUACGUUGAAGUUGAGGAUUCUGAGGAUACAGAGGAUGAUGAGAUUAAAGGUCAAGUCAAGUCUCUUAAUCCAUUUACGGACAUAAACGCUAUCAACGAAAACGCAGAGAAUGGUUGCGUUAUUCUCGAUUAUGCAAGCUCCAGUGACAGCGACGUCGAACCUACUAUUGUUAACGAAACUCUCAAGGGAAGUUUUCUUGACGACAGUGACAAUGAGAGCCUUCACAGUGCACAGGAAGAUCCCUUGAAUAUCAAUUUUUUAAGGCACGCUGGUAUUUUCACUGCUGAGGAGGUAAUUUACAUUGCUCGUGAAAAAUUAAUAAGGCUGCAGUCUCUAUACAUCGAUCAAUUCAGGAGACUGCAGUACAACCUCAAGGAGAAAAGGAGGAAAUAUUUGCACGCGCUCAAGAAAGAAAAGGAAACACUUUGCAGUAUACAUGAUCAGCCCAGAGAGACCGCGAGAGAGAAGAAAAUUUACGAAAAAUUAAAAGCUUUGAACAGUUAUCACAGACGAAGUGGCGUCGAAGCGAUUCUCUACCGAAAAUCUUUGGAACGAAGAGCUCGCGCAACUGAAGGACCCACUCAGAAACCACCAAGCGUGCCCAAGUGCAUAUUCACCGAGGGUGGUGUCAAAUGCGGUGAAAGAACUUUACCAUCUGCCAAACAUUGUCGAAAACACAUUCUCAGGGAUCAACAUCAAGUUUUGUUUAAAGCUUGUGGCGCAAUGAGAGCUGAUAUCGAAUGCCACGAGCCUGUUCCAGUGGUCUUCGAUUCCAAUUGUGUUUUUCAUAUGGACUUACCCUCUCCUUGCAAAUUGGAAACAUUAACGUUCGAAGAAGCACAAAAAACAUCGAACCGCCGAGUGUCCUCAAUGGAGUUGGAUGGUUCAACGGGAGGCCAAGAAAUCGAUCCUGAUGACGAUAUGGCUGGAUUAAUGCGAGAAAUGAACGACGCGAGUCAGAAAAAACCGAUCUUCAACGAGAGUGUAAACAGCGAGGCAAGCACGGACACGGCUUUUAGUCUGACAGCUCAAAUGAGCGACAAGGAUGAACUCGUUUCAGUUUGAUAAUUAUUCUCGGAAUUUUAUUUUCCUGCUCAAUAUGUUUCUCCGAGCGAUGAAACUGGAAGGGAAAAAGAAUGUUGUAAACAUUGUGAUAUUAUUACCGUGGACAAGUGUACUUUAAAUAAUCGAUGAGUCGAUCAUAUUUUAAUCCGAUUUUCACCUAACUAAUUUAUUGUUAUUCUUAUUCGCUAGUUAAUCAAAUCUAAUUUAUUUAUAUAAAAUCAAUCAAUUGCAAAUUUAGUUACGGGCUCGCGCUAUAUUUUUAUCGCGUUAUGAAAAAAAUGUUGAAAUCUUUUGCUUCUGUGAAGUAUAUCAAUCGCGUAAAGAAAUAUAUAAAUAAAACUUUUUACGUAUGUGUUGAAGAA